AUGGAGGACGGGCAGGACGUCCGGCCAGCCCCCGCGGGAGGUGAUGAGGACAUCUUCGCGGUGCCGGAGCCGAAGAAGGCCGCGCCCGUCGCUGGCCGGAGGCGCAGGCUGGUAGCGGCCAAGGCAGACGGCCCCGUCGACGCGUUCGGCAGCGAGCUCAUCGCCCCGAAGAAGCCCGACGAGCGCGCCCGGGUCCCUGUCGGCGCGUUCGGCCUGGACGAGGCCACCGAGCCCACUGCUCCGCCACCGGCAGCUGCCGAGCCACCCGCGCACCAGGGGGCGAUCCGGCGCUUCGAGUCCAACAUCGACCAGCCCUCCGUGGCGGAAGCCGCCGCCGUCGCCGCCCCGCGCCAGCCCGCCCCGCUGCCGACCGGCACGGAUGACGCCAAGUUUGACGGCGUGUCGCGGCGCAAGAAGCAGCAGAUGGAGGCGGCGGCGCAGGACGGCGGGGCGCGCGAGCUCACGGCGCCGCUGACGCAGGCGGACCGCAACCGCCUGCGCCACGAGGAGAUGGAGGCGCUCGACGCCGAGGCGGGGGGGGUUGACGCCAUCCCUGAGCUGGCGGGGGACGACGCGGAGGACCUGACGCGGCAGGUGGCGAAGCCCGCGGCGGUGCACGCGCACAAGGUCGCUGCGCUGGAGGACCUGGAGGAGGGCCCGCCGCUGCCGAGCCUCGGGGUCGACAUGGACGUGUCGGUGCUGGCGCGCGCGCUGUUGCCGCCGGAGCAGGUGGACGAGGACGACGAGGUGUGGGACCACGCGCUGCUGCUGAACCAGGUGACGGUGGAGAUCGCGCGCGAGCGGGACGAGAUCGCCAAGGGGACCUUCGAGGGCCUGAAGCUCUAG